AUGGACGCCAGCAUCAUCCUUCGCAAAUACACCCUCAUGGAAGCACUUCUUCGCAUUGAGAUCUUUACUAAGCCCUUUGAUCCAAUCCUGUGGAAAGCAUGGGCAGUCCGGAUGCACAUCCUGCUGGUCCUCAUGGUCCAAGCUCAGUCUGAGGCAGCCAGUGUGAGGAUCAUCCUACCCAUCCCGUGCGAUAUCCCUGUCCUGGCCCAAGUGGAGAUACACCUUGCGACAGCUCGCACUAUAAAAGGUGGUUAUCGGAUGAUACCUCAGAUUCCAGACCACCUUCCUGCGGUCAUUCCUCAUAGUUUGACUGCCCGCAUUCUGUACGAUGACCUCGCUGUCUGCGAGGACUUCAGUUUAGGGCACCCGCCGGAUGGUCUCCCUGACAUUGGAACCUUGCACCUUCGGGUUGAGACAUUGCGCAAUGUGGCCCGUGAACUGUACGAUGUCAUGCGUGGAAUCACCGGUAGACAUAAGUUGGCAGAUGGUACUUCAGUGAUGUCAGUUAUGAGGAAUAAUCUUUAG